AUGAUUAGCGAUCUCCUCGCCCAGAUAUCCGGCGAGGGCGGCUCCAAGCCGUCUACGCCGGCGCUGCCGCCGAAACGAAAGGCCAAUGCCGAUGUGCCAAACGGCCAGGCCAACAAACUGCCACGGACGACGACCACGACGAUGACGCCCGCGGGCGGCCGGGAUCGAAGCGGAGGACCAAACGGAUAUACAGGCACAGCACGCAACCCGACUCUCGAAUCCCGGCCCAACGUAUCGAGUCGACCACUACCGAGCACGAGUGCUUCGAAACCGGCUUCGGCAGCACAGCGCCCUGGCGCCUCAGCAUCUGCAUCGGCAUCGUCAUCGUCACCUCGACCCUCCCUGCCAAACAGUGGCGUCCGCAGUGGACCGACCAGCAGCAGCGCAAGCAAUGAAGACACCACGGGACGCACAGCGGCAGCGUCCGCGAAUAAGGCUCCGAAGCGGGGCUCGUACCAGGAAAUCAUGGAGCGGGCCAAGGCGGCACAGUCCGCCAUGGGCCAGAUGGGCAAGAUCCAGCACAAGCCACUGGAAAAGAUGCCCACCAAACGCGAGCGGAUGAUGACCAAGGCCGAGGAGACGUCGCGUGCAAGUGCCGGUGUGACGAAGCGCGGUUCUGGCCUGCCGCCCCUCGGAGGUGGCCGGCCACGGCCAGGCGGCCGGCUACCACCACUGGGCAGCAAGGCAUCGGCUGCAGCGGGGCCAAGGCGAGGCAAUGGUCUUCCUCCUCUGGGCAAAGCAGGAACAGGAAGAGGAACAGGUAGUGCUGGAUCCGCCUCGAACGCGGGCCGGCGUAAAACCGGUGCGGCCGCUGCUGACGGCAAGGAAGAAGAGAAGCGGCCCAAGAAGGCCGCCACAGCGACGACGGGCUACCAGGGCACCGCCCGGCCACGACCAACGUCCUCCUCGUCCGGCACCGGCCCCGCUGGUCGAGAUGGUGCUGGUGCUGGUGCUGGUGCUGGCCGGUCGGGCGGCAGCGACUCACGCCACCGCGGUGCACCGCGCAUGCCAUUUGGCAAUCCCCGGCGGUCGCGGUACGACGACGACGACGACGACGAGAUGGACGACUUCAUCGAGUACGACGAGGACGAGGACGAAGAGCAGACUGUGGGCGGGCGCUACGGCGGAUAUGGCGGUGGUAGUGGCCGCGGCCGCGGCCGCUACGAUGAUAGCGACGAGGAAGAGGACGAGUCGGACAUGGAGGCCGGUCUCUCCGACAUUGACGAGGAAGAGCAGCGUGCAGAGCGGCAGGCCCGGCGCGAAGACGCCGAGCAGGAGGCAUUGGAGCGGCGGCUCAAGGCAGAGAAGGAGGAGCGCAAGCGGAGACUCAUGGCAGCCUCGUCUCGCCGGUAA